ACAUGGCGGGCAGUGUCAUUUUGGGAACGUCGUGACUAUAACGUGAAAUAAUGAAUUUUGUUGUUUUAGAAUAUGGGUGAAUAUGUGCAAUAAUUUAUUAUACAUUGUUGUGGAAAGUGUUGUGUUUUAAAUAUAUUUGUGUAAUUUGAGUGUAAAAAUGGCCUCGGAUAAGAUUAAGGUAGCUGUGCGGGUUCGUCCCUUUAACAGGCGAGAACUCGAAUUAGGGACACAAUGUGUGGUGGAAAUGGAAGGGCAACAGACCGUCCUACAGUAUCCGCAGUCAGCCCACGACAAAGAAAGGAAACAACCAAAGACGUUCGCGUUCGACCACUGUUUCUUCUCAUUGGAACCCACGCUGCCACACUUUGCCUCGCAAAAGACUGUGUUCGAAUGUCUCGGACGUGACAUCUUAGAUAAUGCCUUCGAAGGGUACAAUGCUUGCAUCUUUGCCUAUGGACAGACAGGUUCCGGCAAGUCGUACACAAUGAUGGGCGCGCCCGGGCCCGACGAGGGCGGCAUCAUACCGCGGCUGUGUGAUGCACUCUUCGAGCGGAUCGCCCGCCAGCAGUCGCCGCCCGCCCUCACUUAUAAGGUGGAAGUUUCAUACAUGGAGAUCUACAACGAGCGUGUACACGACCUACUCGACCCGGAGACGACGCGACGGUCGCUGCGUGUGCGGGAGCACGCAGUCCUGGGCCCGUAUGUGGACGGCCUAUCACAACUUGCAGUCUCGUCGUUUCAGGACAUCGACAACCUAAUGACGGAAGGCAACAAAUCCCGAACUGUCGCAGCCACCAACAUGAACAGCGAGUCGUCGCGCUCGCACGCCGUCUUCAGCGUCGUGCUGACUCAGACGCUAUGCGACGCUGCCACCGGCGUGUCGGGGGAGAAGGCCGCCAGGUUGUCCCUCGUCGACCUGGCGGGCUCCGAGCGCGCGGUGAAGACUGGCGCUGUGGGGGACCGACUGAAAGAGGGCUCCAAUAUCAAUAAAUCCCUCACAACUUUGGGGCUCGUUAUAUCAAAACUAGCGGACCAGUCAUCGGGGAAGAACAACAAGGACAAAUUCGUCCCUUACAGAGAUUCAGUGCUCACGUGGCUCCUGAAGGACAAUCUCGGGGGCAACAGCAAAACUGUUAUGGUGGCCACCAUAUCCCCCGCGGCGGAUAACUACGAGGAGACGCUCUCCACGUUGCGGUACGCGGACCGCGCCAAGCGCAUCGUGAACCACGCCGUCGUCAACGAGGACCCCAACGCGAGGAUCAUCCGCGAGCUGCGGCAGGAGGUCGAGGCGCUCAAGAAUAUGCUCAAGCAUGCUACGGGCUCUCCUGUGGGCGAAGAUGUGCACGAGCAGUUGGCACAAAGUGAGCACCUGAUGAAGGAAAUGUCCCGAACGUGGGAAGAAAAACUCGUCGAAACUGGUCGAGUACAAAGCGAAAGGCAACACGCCCUGGAGAAGAUGGGCAUCAGCGUACAGGCGAGCGGCAUCAAAGUGGAGAAGAAUAAAUAUUAUCUUGUUAAUUUGAACGCGGAUCCGUCGUUGAACGAAUUACUGGUGUAUUAUUUGAAGGAUAGGACACUAGUGGGCGCCGACAGCGAGGCGGACAUCCAGCUGUCGGGGCUGGGCAUCCAGCCGCAGCACUGCCUGCUGCUGGUGGAGGGCGGCAGCCUGCACAUGGAGUCGGUGGGCGGCGCGCGCUGCUUUGUCAACGGCACGCCCGUCGUGUCGCGCGUGCGCCUCGGACACGCCGACAGGAUCCUGUGGGGGAACCAUCACUUCUUCAGGGUCAACUGUCCUAAGGAGACAGCAGCGGCCGCGUCAGAGCCGCAGACGCCGGCACAGCCCAUAGACUACAACUUCGCGCGCGACGAGAUCAUGCUCAACGAGCUCAGCAACGACCCCAUACAGACCGCCAUCUCUCGGCUAGAGAAACAGCACGAGGAGGACAAGCAAGUGGCGCUAGAGAAGCAGAGACAAGAGUACGAGCGACAGUUCCAACAGCUCAGGAACAUCUUGUCGCCGUCCACGCCCUACCCGCCGUACUCGUACGAUCCGCUCAAAUUAGGUAAAAUGACAGCGUGUACACCGACGACCGCGGCGCGCGUGGAGCGGUGGGCGGCGGAGAGAGACGACACGUUCAAGCGGUCGCUGGGCCGGCUGAAGGCGGACAUACUGCGCGCCAACGCGCUGGUGCAGGAGGCCAACUUCCUGGCCGAGGAGAUGAGGAGGAACACGAGGUUCAGUGUCACGUUGCAGAUACCGCCGCAGAACCUCAGCCCUAACAGAAAGCGAGGCGCCUUCGUAUCAGAGCCGGCGAUAAUGGUGAAGCGUCCGACGCGCGGCGCGCAGGUGUGGUCCAUGGAGAAGUUGGAGAACAAGCUGGUGGACAUGCGCGACAUGUACGACGAGUGGCGGCGGCGGCAACAGCGGGACGAUCUUAUUGAGAACGACGUGGCUCCAAUCGACCCCGAGACACCACCGGAACAUAUUGACAAAGCUCUGGAUCCAUUCUACGAGACGCAAGAAAACCACAACUUGAUCGGUGUAGCGAACAUAUUCCUGGAGGCGUUGUUUCAUGACGUCACGCUCGACUAUCACACGCCCAUCAUCAGUCAGCAAGGCGAAGUUGCUGGGAGAUUACAGGUUGAGAUAAGUCGAGUGAGCGGUCAGUUUCCUCAAGACAGGAUAUGUGAAGCGGGUUCCGACACCUCUGGAGAUAUGCGUGACGAUGACGAAGCCAUAGAUCCUGCUACACAACAAGUAACAAUUCGCGUGGUGAUCAAACAAGCGAGUGGGCUUCCCCCGUCGCUGUCCAACUUCGUGUUCUGCCAGUACACGCUGUGGGGCGGCGGCGAGCCGGUCGUGGUCGCGCCGCACGUGAGCGCCGACACGCCGCCCGCGCCCACGUCUCCGACCACGAUCCCGUCGCCCGCGUCACCGCGACACCAACUCAUGACCUUCAGAUUUGACCACAAGAUUGACUUCAACAUUCCACUAACAGAGGAGUUUAUUGAACAUUGUGCAGAGGGUGCGUUAUCUAUCGAGGUGUGGGGCCACCGGUCGGCGGGCUUCAGCCGCACUUGCGGCAACUGGGAAGUGGAGCAACAGCAGUUGGCGAAGGCGCGCUCGCUGGCCGACCGCUGGGCGGAGCUCACGAGGAAGAUCGAGCUGUGGGUGGAGAUACACGAGCUCAACGAGCAGGGGGAGUACGCGCCCGUUGAGGUGACGCCGCGCAGUGACAUCGUGACGGGCGGAGUGUACCAGGUGCGGCAAGGGCAGCAGAGGCGCGUCGGCGUGAGAGUGCGCCCCGCCGCCAACUCUGGCACGCUGCCCAUCAUCUGCCAGCACAUCGUCAGCGUGGAGUUGGGCUCCGUCACAGUGAGGUCGCGUCUCCAGAAGCCGUUGGACUCGUACCAGGAGGAGGACCUGGCGGUGCUGAGAGAGCGGUGGAGCGACGCGCUCGCCCGGCGCAGGCAACAUCUACACGCUCAGUUACAGAAACUAGUAAACAUGUCCCCGUCCAUGAAGAGCGAAAGAGACACGGAGCGGGAACAGUCGCUGGUUGAGCAGUGGGUGUCGCUCACUGAGGAGAGGAAUGCGGUCCUGGUGCCCAGUCCCGGUAGCCCCAUCCCGGGCGCGCCGGCGGCGUGGAACCCCCCGCCGGGCAUGGAGCAACACAUACCCGUUCUCUUCUUAGAUCUCAACGCGGACGACCUGACGACGCACUCUUCGGGCGAGGAGGUGACGGUGGCGGGCCUGCACUCCAUCCUGCCGAAGGAGCACGGCAACAAGUUCUACGAGCUCACGAUACUGCACCACCACGACAAGGACGUGUCGGCCGUCGCCUCGUGGGACUCCUCCAUUCACGACUCGCAGUACCUCAACCGCAUCACUGAAGCGAACGAACGUGUGUACCUGAUACUGAAGACGACGGUGCGACUGUCGCACCCGGCGCCCAUGGACCUCAUCCUGCGCAAGCGGCUCGCGUUGAACAUCUACAAGCGACAGAGCUUCACUGAUCGAAUACGCAAAAAGAUUGUCAGAAGCGAUCAGUUGCCAGCGACGGGCGUGACCUACGAAGUGGUGUCGAACAUUCCCAAAGCGUCUGAAGAGCUGGAGGAGCGCGAGAGCUUAGCGCAGAUCGCUGCCACCGGGGAGGAGGCCAGCGCUGCCGAUGGAGAAACGUAUAUUGAAAAGUACACGCGCGGCGUAAGCGCAGUAGAGAGUAUACUCACGCUCGACCGCUUACGUCAGAGCGUCGCCGUGAAGGAGUUGGAACAGGCUCGCGGUCAACCAAUCACAAUGCGGAAAACCGCGUCCGUGCCUAACUUCUCACAGAUCAUGCGCUUGGACUCGUCAUUCGAGUCUCUGUCAGGGCUCGCGGGCGGCCGGUCGGGCAGCGUGGCCGACCUCGCGGACGAGACGCCGCGCCGCAACGCGCACCGACACUCGUUCGCUGCGCCCGCGCACAACGACUCCGACAUCUCCACGCCCACAAAACCAUUCGGCCUGGCUCGGCCAACGUUCCUUAACUUGAAUUUGAACCUGAACUCACUGCGACUGCAGACGCCAAACAAGUCGUCGCCAGCGAGCGCCAAACUUGGUCUGCGUAUGACAACGUUGCACGAGGAGCCCGGCCGCAGGAACGAUGACGAUUCGCACUCGGAGCCAGAGGCGGCGCCUGUUGAUGAGAUCACCACGCCGAGGUCACAUCGCACGCGGUCCCGGGCAUCAUCACGUGGAUUCCUGCCGACAUCGAAGACGUUGGACUCGCUUCACGAACUUGCAUGUGAACGAGUACCCAAUAAAAAUUCACCCUCAAUAUCGUCCAGCGGAUAUGGUUCGCAAGCAGUGUCUUCUACAAACCUGACUAACGAUGACACACUCUCGAUAAGGAGUAUGUCAGUCGACGACACACCGGACUUCGACAAAACGAUGGACUAUUCACAUUUAAGUCGGACGAAAACCUCCAUGGCGGGUCUUAGGAAUGAAAUCACCGAACUAAGGAACGACAUCACGGAGUUGAAGAACGAAAUUGUUGAAUCAAAGAACGAAUUGGAAGAGACGUCAUUCGAAACAACGAAAGCGAAAACGCCGGUACUUACUCCCGGAUCGAGAAAUCGUAUCAAUCCGUUCUUGAGGGAUUGUGAGGAUGUUCCUAAAAAUGAACAAAUGGUGGAUCCUUUGGGAGCGUUACCUGUCGAAAGCACCGUGUUAUCUAGUCAGACGCAUAAAAGCGAGCCUUUGCACGUUAAUGGAGAAGCGCCGCAAAGUCGCGAAACGUCCUUUGGUGAGGCAGAAGUAGAGUCAGAAAGUUCAGAACAGUCGAGUCACGAAACGCGAAGUCGUGAAGCGUCUUCUGUGGGGGAAAGUGAUUCACCUGGAACUGAUCCAAUCGUCAACACAUCGUUACCCGCGGGGAAGGUGGUGCGCCGGCGAGCGGGCGCGUCCGCACGCAACGCGAGCCGCCAGUCGUACCCGGCCGCGCGCCCCAAGUCGGCGCACGAGCCCGUGCACGCGCAUGUGCGUGCGCUGCGGGACACGCCCGCCUCCUCCACGGAGCGAAUCGGUGACGAGGAGUGUUCAGAGAGCGGGCGCGUGUACACGGUGCCGGACUGGCUGACGGUGGGCGAGAGCGUGCAGCUGCGGCUGAGCAGCAGCACGGGCGUGGUGGCGUACGUCGGCCCCACGCACUUCGCGCCCGGCCUGUGGGUCGGCGUCGAGUUGGACGCGCCCACUGGCAAGAACGACGGGUCGGUGGGCGGCACGCGGUACUUCAACUGUCGCGCGCGGCACGGCAUCUUCGUGCGCGUCGAUAAGCUGGUGCAGGACCGCCGCGGGAAGUCCGCGCGCGCCUUCCGCGACAGCGAGCUCAAGCGCGCCGCCAGCAAGGGUGAAGGCCUACACAACCUGCACAGAGCGAGGAGUCGCGGCGACAGUAUAAACACCGUGGGCACCAAGGCGCGGGGCAAAUAGUCCGCCCCCCGCCCCGCCCCCGGACCGGGCUCACUCUUACGUCCACGUCAGUUUCUGUUGCGAGCCGGUAACGCGUAUGGUGCUUACGUCUACUGCAAACGAGUGUUGUAUUCCGACCCACAAUACAAAUAGUAAUACAAAUGCGCGAUUCGUUAUCAUUUUCUGGAUAAUUUAACUAUUUUACUAUUUUGAUUAGUCUUGUUAUACGAUUGGUAAAGCGUGAUUACUAAUGUCAUUUUUUAUAAAGAAGUCAUUCAGUAAAGUUGUAUGGAAUAGUUAAUAUAACUCCUCAAUUUAAGAUGCAGAUUCGUCUAUAUCUACCUCUAUUGACACUCCCAUGAUAUAUGCGUGCGGGGAAGUGAGGUGCAUCAAUGGUUUUUCAUUCGUCACUACAAGCCCCACGACCCGCGCGUACCAUCGGGAGUGUUACGAACGAAGUUGCCAAGCUAUAGUUUCGUGUUACACACAAGAGAUGACAUUUUCGACACUAACAUUUACGCAACCGAUUUUACAAAAUAGCUUGGUCUUAUUUACUUGUAUUCACGAUUUAUUGACUAAGUUUUCACAGCUUUUAGAACACAUUCAAAAAAGCGUGUUUAAUUUUUGAAGAAUAAUUCACACAUGAGUAAAGCCAGGAAGGAAUUUUACACUUGUUUGAGAUAGGCCACAUAUUUUACUGUAGUCACUACUUACUUUCAUAUCGCAGUCGGUUUUGUUGAAACAAAGCUACGCUUUAACUAAAUUUCAACACUUUCAGUGCUGGUAAUUCAGUUGACUGUUUUGAACACAACAAAAUUGGCUAACCAUUUUUUGAAGCAAUAUUUUUAUCACUGUACAGGGUGUAAAUCAAAUGUUUAGUGUACUAAAACAAAACAAUAGAUUUAAUUUUAAAACUGCUAAUAGUUUAGACAAAUUCAGGGUUAUGCUAUAACGAUUUCACUAAAUCUGUCAAUGGUUAAAGUAUACUCAUUGGUCGAUCAUGGAAACAAACGUAUUAUAACUGAAAAAAUAUUACCAUGUGAACCACUACCUCUGUCGAUAUUGUAUAACUUGGACUCGUACGUGUACGCAUUGUCAUUGUUUUACAAAAGUUUGUUUCCAUUAGAGCGAUGCCCCGUUAGCGCGUUGUGAAGCGUUAAGCCGACUGUGUUUCGCUUAUGCGUGUCGUCCUCUUGCAUUGCGACAUCGUGCGUUACAAACAACGCGCUAAUGAGACAUCUGAUAAAUUCUCCCUCGAAAGCAAAGCAUACUGCCUUUAGCGCAAGGAUGUCGUAAUGAAAGACUGGAAAAAGCAUUCCAAACAUUAAUAUUUUAGAGCACGAAACUCAUCAUUGAUUUACUCCCUGUGUUUAUUUAUUUCAUGUUACGCGUUUUUGUGUGUCGAUGUCUGGGAAACAGUUUUCCUCGCCUUUAUUGACUGGUGCAAUAAAACGAUGACGGAAAACCAGGUUUCCGUACGAUUUAGGGAAAUUUUGACGGCGUUUCGAGACAACGUAAAUUAUUAUUACUUAACUUGUUUUACUACAGGUCUUGCAUGAAAAUAUUUUCUUUGUCGAAUUUUUAAAGUGUUCGCACUUGUGUUAAAAUACUGUGUUCGUAACUGGGUUUUUAUAAGUAGCAGAAGUAUAUGGAUGAAGUAUUUCAUCCAAAGUUAAGGAUUCAUUAUCAGCUGUCAAACUAUAAUGAAUCCUUUUGGAUGAAGAAAGUUGAUUCGUACAUAAUUAAUGUGUAAUUUCAAUGGCUCAGUUUAGAGAUUCGACGGCAAAUGUUUUGGUGCAAGACCUCAAAUUCAAUUUUAUUUAAUUUCAUUCAUUGACAUUUUGAAAUUGUAAAUAGAUUAAUUCGAUUAUUGUGAUUUUAAUUUUGUUACGUUACAAUGUAAAUAUGUGAAUCUUUGUAUGUUUUAUGUCGAUAAUAAUUUAAUGAAUAAUAAUGUUUUAGGGAGAAACCAAUGAAUUCUUUGUGAUUGGUAAGAAUUGCGUGGAUUAUUUGUAUAGUAAUUUUUUUACUGUAUAGUUUGUGGUGUAGACAUUACGCGUAAAUUAAUUAUUUAUGUAUUUAGCUCAUUCACUAAGCUUAACACUCUUCUAAACGUAUGUAUAGGUUCUUAAAAGACAGAGUUUACACUUUCACUUAUGUAUUAAGUAUUUGUGGCCUCGAACUAUGAAAAACAAAAUAUGUACAGUCGAAUUGAGGAACCUCCUCCUUUUUUUGAAGUCGAUAAAAAAUGCGGAAUAUGAGUUUUAUUCCUAGAUCAGUAUAAAUAAAGAAUCCUUUCAUCUGGAUCAUAGUUGUUACGUUUAAUCAGAAUCAAUUCGCAAUAUACUAAUCAAUGUGGUACAUUUUCAGCAAGAAAACUUUGAUGUUGGGGUUAAGAUAUAUUGCGAAAGAAAACUGCUGUAAUUUAAUUAUCUUACAGCGACUUUCCACAGUAAUAUCAUUCUUGUAUCUUACGGACUUAUUUAUAAACUCCUCCUAUCCUAUCCUAUAUAGGUCCUAUCCUAUAUAUAUCCUAUAUAGGUCCUUUUUACUUUAAAGAAAAUUCAGGCUUAAAUAUUAAUCUAUGUUUAUGAAUGUGGGGGUUAAAGUUUUGUACUUACUUAUAUAUAUUCUUUGGGCGUGCCCAUAAAUUUACUAUAAACAAGAACAUUUGUGCACGCAUAAUUUGUAGGUACGUAUUGACGUACGAUUAAUAUUGUGUACGGACAAUAUUGUUGUAUUUAAAUCUAAAUUUGAAGCAACAUGGUAUUUUCCUUCUUCGAAAAACAUUGUUGUGAUAGCAUGUCAUUGAUGCGACUUACUGAUGUACAAUCAGUAAUCCGAUUAAUUGAUGAAUAAAUAGACGAAUGUUCAAGAAUAUUUCUCAAUGUAUCUUAACCCUAAAAGUCGUUUAAGACUUACGCUGCUCUGUUUAUGUUUAGCAAUUCAAUAUGAACAUUGAAAAGUUUUGAUAUUUAAAUGCCAUAAAUAAAUCACUAGCCACAAUGAAUAGAGCGUAGCAAAAAUGCUUACCAUUCAUUGAAAAAUAUAUCUAAAGUCCACACCAUAAAGCUCACAUUUCAAUGACGCGCUAUGAUAUGGUGCAGUGUGGGUCAAUAUCGACUUCAAGGGCUAAAACUCGUAAUAACUUUGUCUGAAACAUCAGGACCAGUCUUUAACUGCCAUACAACGGAUAAAUGCUAGAAAAUAUAUACAUUAUGUAAUUGUAUGAUGUUGUGAAGAGGUGACAUCGAUAUAAAAUAAUUUAGUUCCUACAAGCAUUUGAACAGUUCCCCUGAAUUAAAUCGCAUUCAAAAAUUUUCACCAUUUAUCAUGACGAGUGUGAACCUUUUAGGUUAAUUGAUGCUUUAGAUUUUGAGUUUGCACAGUUAGGAGUUAGUUUAUUAGGGAAUUGUACAUUUCGAUUAAAACAAGAAUAUAUACCUAGAUUUGAUUUCAAUGUAUCAAGAAUUGUCCUGAAUAGUGGAUUGUGUUGCUAAUAAAACUUCAGUAUAAAUAAAUGAAUUUCUAAAGCUCAUUAAGUUAGCCUAAAAUGCUUACAAAUGUUUGAGUGUUUGGUGUCGUUGCCAAUUCUUUGUAAUAGUUUCUUGCCAACGGGACUGUAAAGAUUUGUUUUUUUUCUUAUAUAACGAAAUUAGUAAUAUUAUAUACCCUCUUAAUUUUGAAACAAUUUUACGAAAUCGUCCAAUGCUACAUCUUCGUCCUUAAAUAAGACUUGUACUUAGUACAUUAAAAGCCUCGUCACGGACUAAACAUGCCCAAAACACUGACUCUGUACGGCUCAAGUGUCGAACGACAAUCGACAAUAGACGAGGCUUAUUUUCGUAUACAUUUGUAUCAUAGAUUGCUCUUUUGACACAUUUAUCGCACGGGCGCAUGUGCAACACGCCACUAAGCGACGGGACGCCACUAAACAAAUGCCCUUGGCCUUUUGCCAUGUGGCACGUCGAUUCUCUUUCUACAAAAGUUUACGCUUCGAAAAUUAAAAGAAUGGGACCGACAUUCAGUAUCGUCAUGUCGCGUGAUUGCUGUCGAUCGGAUCUGUCAUUCCUAUUCAUUUUGUUAGCUUUCGGAGCGUUAGCGUUUACAGAAAAAGAAUCAACUUGCCACAUUGCUAAGGCCCCUUAUUACAAAGUACUGAGAUUUGAGAUAAGUCAAGAAUGAUGGUGUCGCGUAGUGUUAGGGCGUGUAGCCAAUUGUCCUAUUUAUCGUUUACGAUGCUCUCGAAACCUUCGCUCGACACUUGGGGCCCUUGUCUUUAUAUCGAUUAGGUUGUGUAGUUAAAUAUUGAGAUGUAAUGUAACAUAAGUGUUUGUAGUGGUUUUUGGCAAGUUGUAUAUUACACUGAGAAAUCAUUAUCGAAGUAAUUUAUUGUCCUCAAGUUAUUAUCUCCAUCCACAUUCGAACAAUAAUCGGUAAACUGUAUAUUUCUUCUCUGUAGUCUGAGAAUCGCGUGGUAGCUGUCGGUAUCGCGACAGGCAAAGUGAAUAUCAUAAUAAUACCUAUAUUAUAUAGAAAAGUAGUACCCUUAUAAGCUAUUGGUAAGAGUGCUAUUGCAUUAUCAUAUUUACAUCCUUUAUAAAGAUAUAUCAAGAUACCGGUAUCGUAUUUGACACAACACUUUAGAUGGAUUAUCUCCGCUGCUUUUAUAAUAUUUUUUUAAAACAUGCGAAAGAAAGUUAGAAGUUUCCACGUUUAAUAAUAUUUACGUACUCCCAUCGAAAUUUUCAAACUACAGGUAAUGCCGCAAAGCUUCGUUUUGAAUCAUGUAUGAUUUUACAAUCAUGUUAAUAAAUGAUUGAAAGUAUGAUUACAGCUUGUUUAUAGGAACCUAAUUAAGAUACCAUAAACUAGCUGUAAUAAGUGAAGUAAAUAUAGAUAAUACGCCAUCAUGGAGUUUUCAUAUAUGUACUUGUUUUAUAUAUGAUAGUGUAAUAGCGGCCUUAGGGAACGUCCAUAUGACGCGUUUCGAUCUCAUUCGAAGCGGCAUAGUCUAGUUCACCUAAUGUAUAUUCCAUCCUCUUAAUAAAUUAAUUAUUAAGUACACUUAAUGAGUACACAAAUAGAAAUAUAAAAAAACGCCUCGUUAUUUACUAGAGUUUGUAAGUAUCACUUUACGCGUACAUUCGUCAUAGCCCGCCACUUGCCUCCAUUCCUGUACACAAUGUUGUAUAUUAACAUUAAAUUGUAAGUAAUUUUAGUAUAUAACUAUUAAUAAAAAUUUAUCAAAAAAUAAUAUUCAGCCAUUUUUAAACUAUGCACUGGUAAAUUAAUACCAAUUCGUAGGGUAAUGUGCCGGGGACACUCGACACUACACGCGGCCUGACAACAUUGAGGCUAAUGAAAUCGUAGCAAAUAUUAUUUAAAACUAGAAAUAGAUACUUCAGACAUCAUUGGUAUGUUUCUGGACAUAGAUAAGUUGAAUUUGUAUUAAUUUCAACUAGCGUGGCGUAACGUCGGGCCGUGUGUUGUGUUAUUAGUUUGUCGCCGGCAUUCAUAAGCCUCGACUGACGUCAUGCUUUGUCCCAAGUUCACUAUAUCGAAUGCUUAUUAGACUGUCGUACUUAAACAUUCCAUUUUUGCAUUACAUUUAUCGUUCUACCGGACAAAGAGUAGAUUUUAAGUUAGAUUUUAUAGAAAGACGCGACUUAAGCCGGGAAAUAUGCUACGCGCCAUUUCAACACUCGAAACGCCACUCGUCUGGAUUCAACAACCCGAUGUGACGUCAUUGAGUUAUCAUAAAUGGCGGUAUCAAGUACAAGAUGCGUGGUGUCGCAUGUUUUUGGCGUGUUCCACUUGGACCCGUGCCACUAUGACGUAUUUGCAUUUUUAAGCGUUUGACAGUAACCUAGUACAGAUCGUAAUAAACCUGGCCUCGACUAGGACAGCUCAAUGUGUAGUCGACGUUAAUAAAGUCUAAAGAGUAAAACGUUUUUCAUAUAUUGUAGGAUGUGUAUUUGAAACUCUCGAUGUGCUUUUGUCCUGUAGUUUUGGUAGAACACGGGCAGGGACUUGCCGCAGUGAGGGACGCGGGUUAGUCAGGGUGUUACGCAUCGCAACGAUACGCACUGGCGGCCAUAUUGAACAUAGAUUAAGAUUUAAACAUCAAUUUUCUUCAAAGUAAAGUGGACCUAAUCACUACUUUUUAAAGUUCACUUUACUUGGAAGUAAAUUGAUGCUUAUUUUUUUAAAUAUGGCCGUAGGUUCCUAGGCUUAGGGUAAUAGUGACCUUUACACAGCGAGCGUCUAGACUCUAGUAGCUCAUAAUUUAAUUUUUGUUUAGAAAUUAAGCUGACCAUGUGCUGUGCUUUUGUUUUAAACGUUAGUUUUUAGAUAAAUGAAAUUGUUUUUUUUUUAUAUUAUGAAUGAUGAUAAUAAUAAUGAAUUAAUUAUUUUAUAUUUGCGUAGUGUAUUUUUGUAUUUAUUACAGUCAAUUCGAUGAGCUUUUGCAACAUGUAAUUUGAAUGUAUAGUUUUGUAUUAUUACGUUAAUGUUUUUCGGACUAGAGACGAGGUCAUUGUUUUGCCAGUCCUAACGAUUGUGUAAAAUAAUUAUUAUAGAUCACAAAUCAAAGUAACGUAUUUCUAUUUCUUUUUAUGUGAUAAGCGAAUAGUUUAGGCAGCUACUUGGUAGCAUAGAUGGUUGCGUCUUCAUUCAUUAUUAAUAAAGAGAUUUUAAUAUUUAAAUACAAAAAUAGUUCACUUCUUAGUGGAAAUAUUUUUGCCAAGUAGCGGAUUCGAGUCAACCAUCGCUGUCAUUAUCAAUAAAUGUAUAAUAAAAUGAUUUGUUUCAUUUACUUA